GUUUCUCACAGAUCCUCUGGGCAGUUUGUCCCCCUGAGCCCUUCAUGUUCCCACCAACAGGCAGAAACUAGAGAGCCACCCCAGCUACUUCACACCGGGAGCAUCAACACCUGGAUGAGAGACAGCUGACUUUCUGCAGCGGGCACCACUCACCCCCAGUAAACCAAACCUGAUGCUUUUGAACCUUGUACCAACUCAGCCUGGAAUUUCACGUGAAGGUGGUUGUAUGCAAAAUACAUACCAAUUUGCCUUUUUUCCCUCUGAAUCAGCAACUUAGAAAGAGCCAAGGAAAGCGAAGCCAUAGAGACUAGUCAAUUCUGACCCCCAGAAGACUUAGAAGCUGCCAAGCCCCUAGAGGUUCCAGGGAUGUAUACCACCCCAGCCCCACCAGACGUCACCAGAAGGAACUCCUGGCCCAGCACUUUGCAGAGGACUCUUGGCGGCCUGGAAGGAAAGAAAGGCCAGACCACCAGCAUCUUCCCUGGCUUUCUGGCACUCAUGGUCAUCCUCCUGGUCAUCAUGGUGGCCUGCAUCCUGUGGCGCUGGAACAAACAGAAGAAGCGGAGAGUGCCUUACUUCCAAGUAGCUCCGUCUCUGACUCUGCCUCCACCCAGACAGAGAGCCAAAAAUAUUUAUGACUUCUUGCCCCAGCAACAGGCACAGUUGGGGAGACAUCAGUCGAAUGGCUUCAGUACUGAGAGCCUCCUCUCCAGAGAUUCUGACAGCCCUGAGCACGAGGCCUCUCAGGCACUCAGCUCCCUUCAGAUACACAGAGCUUCUGUUCAUGCCGUGGCGUACACAGUAGGCAUCUAUGACAAUGGCACAGUGCCCCAGAUGUGCGGGGACCUUGCCCCCUCAGCACCUUACAACAGUGUCAGAACCUCCAGAAAUAACUCCAGCAUUUCUUCCAGGGAGUCAAAUGAUUAUGUCAAUAUCCCUACAGCAGAGGAGACCAGUGAGGCUCUAACUGCUCCCAAAAGCACUCCUGAGAGUCACCGUGGUCUUCCCAGUGCCCAGAAGCUGGAGUUUGCUGAAGCAGGGCAUGCAGGCUCUGGGGCUGCCUCUGACCACACUGCUCUGUGGGCUCCAGGAAGUAAGCGCAGUGAUUCCCUCAGUGAUGGAGAAGCUUCAUCUCAGACUUCAAAUGACUACGUCAAUAUGACGGCUUUGGAUCUAGAGGACAUUCAAGAGUAUCAGCCCAGCAUGGCUCUUCAGUGCUGCAGGGAUUAUGAAAAUGUCCCAUCAGCAGAUCCCAACGGAAGCCAGCCGGAGACUCGGGAAGAAGUGACAUCUUCCAAUACGGAUCAUGGGGACCCUGUCUGGAGAGCCCUGUCCUCUGUGUAUUAUAUGGCGUUCCAGCCAUUUACACAGAGCGAGGAGAGUGAGGCGGCACAGGCAGAAGAGCAGUCAAGUGAAGACUCUAACGACUACGAGAAUGUGCUACCUGCCAACUUAGAAGGCAGGGACUGUGAACAGGGGCCUGGCGCUUGGCAUCAUUCUGAUGAGGGAACACCAAGCUACCUAGCUGGGAAGCCUGGUGGGGUGGCCUACCCUGCUGGGUCUUUAGCCACUGAACUCUCUAGCGAAGAAGCCUAGGUGCCCUGGCAUCCUAUUGGAUUCACUUGGCUUGGCUAAGGAAGCUGAGAGGAGCAGGCUGCAAAAAGGCAAAAGUUUAGGAAGCCGGGAGGAGAGAUCUCCUCAGGCAAGACUGCCGUUAGCUCUUAGGCCAGCUGAAGUCUUCCUGGGGAUAUCAGGAAAGGGAAAAGUGUGUAGCACUUAGAACAGGAUGGACAUGUAACACAGAUGAAAAUACCACCUUCACAAACACACGCCAAAAGGAGUGUAGGUCAUUUGUGAUUCAGGCAGGCCAAACGGAGGAACAGCUGGGGCUGGGCAAGCGAGUUCAAGUCUAAGAAGAACCGGUGAGGGUGUAGAACUACGGGAGCCCUGUUGCAGCUAGUGUGAUUGCAAACUUAUCUGAUGAACUAUUCAUUUCACUCUUAGGAACUGAAGCCGCUUUCCAGUGUAUGCCGGAGUUGUACAAAUAAGUUAAUCUGCUGGAGAUAAGGAAGGGCAGGUUCCCUGUAAAAUGGUUUUAUUAUAUGAACCUGAAUAUAUAUGGCCAUUUUUAUGCACACAUAAAGUGUGCUCUGAAAUGCCCGCCCAUUCCUUAAGACUUCCCUUCUCUCAUUCCUUCUCCUUCCCAUGAGACCUCUGCAUUCCCCUGUAUGGUCUCUCUUCCACUUUCCUACCAGCUAUGCAUAAAGAAUUUUAUGUAUGGGCUGGAGAGAUGGCUCAGAGGUUAAGAGCAUUGCCUGCUCUUCCAAAGGUCCUGAGUUCAAUUCCCAGCAACCACAUG